AUGGCAGCCUCCAGCCUGGACUUUGGAGAGGUGGAAACUUUUCUGGAUAGGCAUCCAGAGUUGUUGGAAGACUAUUUGAUGCGGAAAGGGAAGCAGGAGCUGGUGGACAAGUGGCUCCAAAGGCACAGUCCGGGACAGGGGGCUUCAGGCCUGAAGCCUGCCCUGGCUGGCACUGGCAGCUUGGCUCAGGGUAGUGGCAGAGGCAGCACUGGGAAUGCUGGUGUUGCUGGACCCCAGGGCUCUGCUAACAGCCACCCCAUGCCCGGUGGUGGGGAAAGUGCUGGGGUUCCCCUGAGCCCCAGCUGGGCCAGUGGCAGCCGGGGCGAUGGGAACCUGCAGCGGAAAGCUUCGCAGAAAGAGCUGCGGAAGAGCUUUGCCCGCUCCAAAGCCAUUCAUGUGAACAGGACCUACGAUGAACAGGUGACCUCUCGGGCUCAGGAGCCCAUGAGCAGUGUCCGGCGGAGAGCCCUGCUCAGGAAGGCCAGCUCUCUGCCCCCCACCACAGCCCACAUUCUCAGUGCCCUGCUGGAAUCGAGGGUGAAUCUGCCUCAGUACCCCCCUACGGCCAUCGACUACAAAUGCCACCUCAAAAAGCAUAACGAACGCCAGUUUUUCCUGGAACUGGUCAAGGACAUCUCCAAUGACCUUGACCUCACCAGCCUAAGCUACAAGAUCCUCAUCUUUGUCUGUCUCAUGGUGGACGCUGACCGUUGCUCUCUCUUCUUAGUGGAGGGGGCAGCUGCUGGCAAGAAGAGUUUGGUCUCCAAAUUUUUUGAUGUGCACGCGGGAACCCCACUCCUCCCGAGCAGCAGCACGGAGAACUCAAACGAAGUGCAGGUCCCCUGGGGCAAAGGCAUCAUUGGCUAUGUCGGAGAGCAUGGAGAGACAGUCAACAUCCCUGAUGCCUAUCAGGACCGAAGAUUCAAUGAUGAGAUCGACAAGCUCACUGGGUACAAGACAAAAUCGCUCUUGUGCAUGCCGAUCCGGAGCAGCGACGGUGAGAUUAUCGGUGUGGCCCAAGCAAUCAAUAAGAUUCCUGAGGGCGCUCCAUUUACGGACGAUGACGAAAAAGUUAUGCAGAUGUACCUUCCCUUCUGUGGAAUCGCCAUAUCUAAUGCUCAGCUCUUUGCUGCCUCAAGGAAAGAAUAUGAAAGAAGCAGGGCUUUGCUGGAGGUAGUCAAUGACCUUUUCGAAGAACAGACUGACCUGGAGAAGAUCGUCAAGAAAAUAAUGCACCGGGCCCAAACUCUGUUGAAAUGUGAACGCUGUUCGGUUUUACUUCUAGAAGAUAUUGAAUCGCCAGUGGUGAAGUUUACCAAAUCCUUUGAACUGAUGUCCCCAAAGUGCAGUGCCGAUGCUGAGAACAGUUUCAAAGAAAGCAUGGAGAAGUCGUCUUACUCUGACUGGCUGAUAAACAACAGCAUCGCCGAGCUGGUUGCUUCGACAGGCCUUCCUGUGAACGUCAGCGAUGCCUAUCAGGACCCGCGCUUUGACGCUGAGGCUGACCAGAUAUCUGGUUUUCACAUAAGAUCUGUUCUCUGUGUCCCUAUUUGGAACAGCAACCACCAAAUAAUUGGGGUCGCUCAAGUGCUGAACAGACUGGAUGGGAAACCUUUUGAUGAUGCAGACCAGCGGCUUUUUGAGGCUUUUGUCAUCUUUUGUGGCCUUGGUAUCAACAACACAAUUAUGUACGAUCAGGUGAAGAAGUCGUGGGCCAAGCAGUCUGUGGCUCUUGAUGUGCUGUCCUACCAUGCCACGUGUUCCAAGGCUGAAGUCGACAAGUUUAAGGCAGCCAAUAUCCCUCUGGUGUCCGAGCUGGCCAUCGAUGACAUUCAUUUUGAUGACUUUUCCCUUGAUGUUGACGCCAUGAUCACAGCUGCCCUCCGGAUGUUCAUGGAGCUGGGCAUGGUACAGAAAUUUAAAAUCGACUACGAGACCCUGUGCAGGUGGCUUCUGACAGUGAGGAAGAAUUACCGAAUGGUUCUCUACCACAACUGGAGACAUGCUUUCAACGUGUGCCAGCUGAUGUUUGCCAUGCUCACCACUGCUGGGUUUCAAGAGAUUCUGACCGAGGUGGAAAUUUUAGCGGUGAUUGUGGGAUGCCUGUGUCAUGACCUCGACCACAGGGGAACCAACAACGCCUUCCAAGCUAAGAGUGACUCUGCGCUGGCCCAGCUCUACGGGACAUCGGCCACCUUGGAGCAUCACCAUUUUAACCAUGCUGUGAUGAUCCUUCAGAGUGAGGGUCACAACAUCUUCGCUAACUUGUCCUCCAAGGAAUACAGUGACCUCAUGCAGCUUCUGAAGCAGUCGAUACUAGCCACCGACCUCACGCUGUACUUUGAGAGGAGAACUGAGUUCUUUGAACUUGUCAGCAAAGGAGACUACGAUUGGAGCAUCAAAAGCCACCGUGAUGUGUUUCGAUCAAUGUUAAUGACAGCCUGUGACCUUGGAGCCGUGACCAAACCGUGGGAGAUCUCCAGACAGGUGGCUGAACUCGUAACCAGCGAGUUCUUUGAACAAGGAGAUCGGGAGAGGUCGGAACUCAAGCUCACCCCCUCGGCUAUUUUUGACCGGAACAGGAAAGACGAACUGCCUCGGUUGCAGCUGGAGUGGAUUGACAGCAUCUGCAUGCCUUUGUAUCAGGCCUUGGUGAAGGUCAACGCCAAACUGAAGCCGAUGCUGGAUUCAGUGGCUGCCAAUCGAAGGAAGUGGGAAGAGUUACAUCAGAAAAGACUGCAGGUCUCCGCCGCCUCCCCAGUCCCUGCGAGUCUCACGGUGGCGACGGGCGAGGAAAGGAUGUAAAGCACCCGGAGCCUCUGUGCGACCCUGUGGCCUGGAGGGUCCUCUGCAGCCUGAAGGACCCGCUGCAGCAGCCGCAUCUUUCCGCUCAGGCAGUCCUAAAGUGCAGACUGUAUAGACCGGACCCGGAAGCGCACCCGGAAGUGUGCUUGGUGGCAGGGGCCUGGAAGGAUGAAAGACAGAGGCCGGCAGAGAGCUUGACCCUCAGCUUUCCAUGAUGAACCCACACUGCUGGAUUUGGAUCCAUGAACCUGAGGGCUAUCAGCCCCGCUCGUUCGGAGUUGAGGGGACACCGUGGUAAAAGUGUCGCUAACACUGCUUCACGUAUGGCACUUUCCUGUUAUAAGCACGUCCCUUCUUGGCAGGCUUUUGUGCCAGACAGUCCCAAGAAUCCAGAUUUGCAUCUUAGGUGUUUUAUUUCUGAUCCAACUGUUUCUUAGUGAUGCAACAGACCGUUGGUCUCCUUUGCCUGUUGGAUGAGCCUCCCCCUUAUGAAUACCAACUAACCCCAAUCUUUUCAAAAGGUCCCCAGUAGGAACGCAGUGAGCUUGCUAAUUGGAGGGUUACAGAAUCUAUAACCCUGGCAGUGAGAUCACAGUUCCUUUUUCAGUGUUUGAAUUCAGCCUUCAUUGUAGACCAGGCCUUUUCCUGAGAAGAAUAGAUUCAUAAAUUUAUUCAAGCAAAGGGGAAGGGGAAUUUACAGUCACAUGUACCACAGGUCACCUGUGAACACUAGAACUACUUCCGAGAGAGAGAG